AUGCUAAAAGGCUUGACUAUUUGCUCAAAUUAUAAUUUGCCAACUAAUUUUUUCCAAUUAAAAGCAUUUUUCAGCUUUCUAUUGUUGCAGCAAGCUAAAUCCUUUCUAAUUCCUAAAAAAAUAUUCCUGAUCCUUGUUGAUAAAAUGGAGGUCCAGAAAAUUCAAGUCAGGAAUCCUGUUGCUGAGCUCGAUGGAGAUGAAAUGGCACGAAUCAUCUGGCAUCUGAUCAAAGAAAAACUUAUUCUUCCUUUCGUUGACCUACCAAUUUUAUAUUUUGACUUAGGUAUGGAAAACAGAGACGCGACAGAUGAUAAUGUGACAUUAGAAUCUGCAAGGGCAAUACUUCAAUGCAAAGUCGGAAUCAAAUGUGCAACGAUAACCCCUGACGAACAAAGAGUUGAAGAGUUCAAGCUGAAAAAGAUGUGGAAGUCCCCAAAUGGCACCAUCAGAAAUGAACUUAGAGGCACAGUCUUCAGAGAGCCAAUCAUCAUGAAAAACAUCCCGAGAUUGGUCCCAGGCUGGACAAAACCCAUUGUAAUUGGCAGGCAUGCACAUGCUGACCAAUACAGAGCGACUGAUCUUGUAAUUGCAAGCCCUGCCAAGGUCCAACUUGUAGUCACCCCUAAAAAUGGCCCUGCUCAAACCCAUGAAAUUUUCGAUUUUAAGUCUCCUGGUAUUGUAAUGGGAAUGUACAACACAGACGAGUCAAUACAAGAAUUUGCCAGAGCUUGCUUUGAUUACGCCCUUGAAAGGAAAUAUCCGCUUUAUUUCAGCAGCAAAAAUACAAUUCUUAAGAAAUAUGAUGGCAGAUUUAAAGACAUCUUUGAAAGAAUUUAUCUGCAAGAAUACAAGGCAAGAUUUGACUCUGCAGGACUGAUAUAUGAGCAUAGACUUAUUGACGAUAUGGUUGCACAAACUAUUAAAAGCUCUGGAGGCUUUUUGUGGGCUUGCAAGAAUUAUGAUGGAGAUGUUCAAAGCGACAUUGUAGCGCAAGGGUAUGGUUCGCUUGGAUUAAUGACAAGUGUUUUGACGUCACCUACAGGGGCUUUGGAAUCUGAGGCAGCACAUGGAACUAUAACGAGACAUUAUAGAGAACAUCAAAAAGGAAGAGAAACCUCGACAAACCCAAUUGCUAGUAUUUUUGCUUGGACUAGAGGCUUGGCAUAUAGGGCGCAGCUUGAUAAUAAUUUGCAAUUGAAGCAUUUCUGUGACAUGCUUGAGAGAGUAGUGAUACAGACAGUUGAGGGCGGAAAGAUGACGAAGGAUCUGGCUUUGUGCAUUCAUGGCAGCAACAUGAGAAGAGAGCAUUGGCUUAACACACAAGAUUUCAUUACUGCUAUCGAAGAAAACUUAAGAAGAGCGCUUAGAAGCCCAUCUCCUAAACUAUAA